AGUCGUGUUGAGGCUUCGGCCGUGAGCGGCAGUGGGGCGGCCCAAUAGGAGGGCUGCGCGCUCCGCCCUCGCGAGGGAGAGAUGGGAUGAGGGAGGGAACGGCGAGAGGGACGGCCUAUUGCGGAGGUUGAGCAGCGAAGAGGCGGCGGCAGAAGCAGAAGCGGAGGCAGGAACGAGAGGCGCCAUGGCGGAGAGCGACUGGGACACGGUGACGGUGCUGCGCAAGAAGGGCCCCAGCGCGGCUCAGGCCAAAUCGAAGCAGGUGAGGGUAGGCAGGAACGCGCGUGCGCACCCUUCCGGCCGCGCCAUCCCCAACAACCAGGUGCUGGGCAAGAUCGAGAGGGCCAUCGGUCUCAAGCUCCGCGGGCGGGACAUCGGCAGGCCCCUCGAGAAGGGCCCGAAGGGGAAGUGAUGACAAAGCCUCGAAAUCAGUCUGCCCCGACUGAUCUCGCCGGCCGCCGCCCGGCCUCGCGCGGCCCGGGUCUCUCGUCGCCAGGCUGGAGUCGCCAGAGCGCCCGCCCCGUUGUCAAUCGCCCCGCAGCUGACCUUCCCGCCUCCCUUUUUCAAAGUAUCCAAAUCCUAAUAAAGCACCGCGUCUGAAUCUGCCAGGGGCACGAACGAAAGAAAAUUGUCGUUAUCUUUAGGGGCCCAACAGGGGCCGGGCCUUGAGGGGCCCCUCGCCAAGGGGUGGGGGUCAAGAAGCGAGGGCGGCUGCCCUCACCCCCCCCCUGGCAGCUGCUGGCUGGCUGGCUUUCAAGGGGGUGGAUGGAUGCCACGACGCCCAGGGCGGAGGCGCGCCACAACGGGCGCUCCCUUGUCAACGAUGCUGUGCGUGACGCCCUUUAUACCAGCUGUUUUUAUAAACGUACUUUCAACCCGUGAA